AGCAUAAAAUUAAAGAUGACCUCAGAUGGACCUCCAGAAAUGAUAGCUACGCAAAAAGAAAUGGCUGAAGCAAAACUUCCAUUAGGAUAUAGAGAUUAUUGUGCACAUUUACUGAUAUCAUUAAAUAAAUGCCGUACUGAAACUUGGUAUUUACCAUGGAAAUGUGAAGAUGAAAAACACUCAUGGGAAAAAUGUCAAUAUGAAGAUUAUAUGAAAAGAAUGCGCCUUCUCGAGAAACAAAAAAAGAAAGAGGAACAAUCGAAAUUGGAAAAUAAAGUUUAAAUUUUAAAUUUUCUCUUUUACUGAU